AGGAGACAGCAUUCAAUGACGGUCAAUCAAUCAUUUUAAAGGAAAAGGCAGCAGCAACAACCUUCAAUUCAACUGUUUUGAUAUCAUCCACUUAGACAAUCUUAUCAGAAUCUAUCUAGACGAAUCACAUAACUGAUUUACCAGUGAUAUCCAACUUUCUCAGGUUCGUUAUCUUACUUUUUUUUAUUCCUUUUAAUCGCUUCUACUGUUAUCAAAGAACAUCAGCGUAUUAAUCACUCUAGCUCCAAUCAACGAAUCAAUUCAUUACUUGAAUCAUCAAACUCAUGGUGCUUUCUUAUCGAAUAUAUACUCAGCUCAUCAGUGUUUUUCUAUUUUUGUUUACCAUUGUUAAUGCAACUGCUAGUGCUGAUGAUGAAUCAGAAUCAAACCCUGAUUUAGACCCUAAUCCGUCGAAUCCAAAUUCAAAUCCUCAAAUUGAUAUUAAUUUAACUUUAGAUGAUGCUAUUUCAGCAAGUCCAAAUACAAAUUUCAAUGUUCAAGGGGCAAGUUGUAAUUUAGUUAAAAAAAUCUCCAAUUCAAGAUCAGAUGCUUAUAUUAGUUUAUACGUUGAUUCAAUCUCUGUUCUUGAUCAAUCAGUUCUUGCUACGUUGAAAUUCCCCAUCUUGAUCUUUAAAUAUACUGAUAUUAAGAAUUUCACCAAUUUACCCAUUUAUUCAGAAUAUCUGACCUUAUAUAAAUCAGAUAAAGCUCAAUUAUAUCAAGAUUUAAUUGAUUUCGAAGCCAAUAAAUUCAUCUUAAAACCAAGUGGAAAUGGUAAUACUGAAUUCAAUGAACAUGAUAUUUAUAAUGAUUAUAUAACGUUAGAUAACAAGACUCCUGAAGAAGAAAAGAAAGAUGGUGAACCCGAUAAUUUCGAUCAUAUUGAUAUUUAUUUCCCCAUUGAAAGAUCAGGAUUAUAUUGUAUUUAUAUUGCUCCUCCUAUUGAUAAAUCAAUCACUGAUAUGUCUGUCCCCAUUCAAUUCCAAAAUUCUUAUGGUUACUUAAGUUAUGUGUUUUAUUUGGUUUAUACUCAAACCAAAUAUAUCAUAUUAAUAAGUUGUGUAAUGUUUGGAUAUUUAUUAAAUUAUAUUUUACAAUUUAAAAUCGAUAGUCAAUUUAAUAAUAUGAAUUCAAUCUCAUUAAUUUCAAGAGUUUUAAUCUUUUAUACUUUAUUACCCUUCAUAUUUUUAAAUUUCCUUAAAUUAUUAACUUAUUAUUUACAAAAUAGUUUUUCCAAUUAUUAUAUUUUAAAUUGGUUAGCAAAUUUCACAGUGUUUUUAGAUCAAGCUUAUCAAAUUGUGAUUAGAUUCUUUAUAUUAUUAUUUUCUAUGGGGUAUGGAGUAAUUUAUUAUCAUAAUGGUAAUUCCAAAAAUUAUAGAAUGAUGCCUGAAAAGGCCAUUUCAAAAGCUUUCACCAUGCUUAUAAUUAAUCUUGUUUUAUUAGCAUUAUUUACAUUCAUCGAUGUAAAUUCAUUUGUUUCAAGUCCUUAUAAAUUCCAACAACCUUCAUCUGUUGGUAAAGGAUCGAAUAAUUAUAAAUUCAUUGCGGUUUUCCAUUCCAUUUUAUCAUUUGUGGUUGGUAUUUACCCCUUUGCAUGGGUUAUAUUAUCUGUGAUUAAUUAUUUUAAAACUAAAAAGAUCAUUAGUAAAUUCCCGAUUAAUUCUACUGCGAAUUCAAAUACAUCUGAAAAAAUCAUGACAGCAUUUAAACGUUCAAUCUUAGUGAUAUUUAUUUUACCUUUAGUAGCGGGACUUUUAACAGGAUUUUAUUUAGUAUAUUCAAUUGUUAAAUCAAUUCCAUUACCUUCAAAUCCCAAUGAUAAGAUUGAAAUGGAAAAUUAUCAAACUCAAUUAAUUGAAGCUUCAUUAUCGAAUUCAUCUAAUCUUUUAUUUAUAAUUUGGUCUCAAACUUUAGAGUACUUUUUAAUGAUUGGAUUAAUGUAUGCAAUUUGGAUUAGAGAUAAUACUGGUAUAAUCUUAGAUCCUAAUGCCAAUGAUCCAAUUGAAUAUGCUGAUGCAUCACAAUAUGAUAUCACAGAUGAUGAAGAGGAGGAUGAUGAAGAUGAUGAUGACGAAGAAGAUGAUGAAGAUGAUUUUGAAACUGCCGUUGACGGUGAUGCUGUGGAACAAGAGUUGAUUCCACAAAGGAACUAGAUUUUGCUUUUUAUAUUAUUGUAAUUUUUGUCUUUGUUUUAGUUUUAGUUUGUAUUUCGUUACUUUUACGUGUUUAUGUGUUUUACCCCAUAUAAUUUAUUACCCCAUACCUCAAUAUACUUUUCCAAUAGAAUAGUACGUUUAUUAACUAUUUAAUUAUUUACCUAUAUUUUUUAUUUUUUAUAAUACAUACAGAGGUUAUCAUCACAUUACAUUACAAACAUAAUAAUAUAUAUACACCUAUAACUUAAUUUCGACGUUUACCAUUAUUUUUAUUUUUGAAACCUCUAUUACCAUUAUUACUGAAUCUUCUUCUAUUACCAUGGAAUUUGCUAUUACUUAAACUUUUAUCAACAAGACCAAUUUCACGAGCUAAGGCAGUACCUGGUUCAACUCCGAAUUUUUCAACUCUGAUUAAAUCUUUACGAGCUGCUUCAGCAGCUUGUUCAUCCCCGAAUUUCUCAGCUCU